CUGUGGACUUUUCAAGGGAAAGAAUGACGAAUGUCAUGAGCACGCUGGAGCUGAUCAUCUUGUCUUGGUGUUGGGGCUCACAACCGGAGCCAUUUGCAGGCUCGAUUCAGCUCCAAGUCAAGGGGCCAAGUUUAUUAUAAUUGCAAUUAAAGUGGGCUAAGUCCAAAAGAAAUUAGGAAAGAACCACAUGCAAGAAGGUAAAAUUAUAGGAGAGACCAGGUGCUUCAUGUCACUGAUCUGCUCAUUUUAUGGCUUAAAGGUAGAGUGGAAGAGUGGUCCAGUUCUGACUUUGUACACAGAUAUAGUACCCAUAAUUCCCUGGACAAAACUCAGGGUGAGGGGUGUGGGGGGGAGAACCUUCCAGAGGUGUAUUUUUAGGUCAAGUGGCGGACCCCCAAUUUUGUUUUGUGCCUGCUUCAACUUUAAGCAUCUCACGCUUGUUGCUUAUUAGUCUCAGAAACUGUGAUCGCUGACUGACAGGCGAUGCCGGAUAACACGUCAGUGCUAACUGACAGCCAGAAGUAUCUGCGGCCACAUGGAGCAAGCCGGGGUGGGAUAAUCUAGGGCAAGAAAUACCUCAUUUCCUCCUGACCCUCCCAAGGUCAGGUGGCGCUGCUGGCGGGAAAGGCUCGGGCGCUGCUUUCGAAGGGAAGCAAAAUGCUGAGCGAACAGUUUCACAUGGAAGCGGAAAAGGAAGCAAACAAGCACUUAUUAAACGCCUGCUCUGAGCCAGACACUGUGCUCACCACUUUGCAGCUGUGACCUUGGGAGGAAAAGACGACGGCAGAUUGCUGCAGGAUCGAGAAAAGCCCAAAUGGUGUCAUGAAGAGCCGGCGUGGUGGAGCAGUGCUGAUGAUUGUCACGUCUACCUUUACCGUCCCCAAUCUGCCGACGCCCAACCUUGAAUCUGCACCUGCCUCUCAAACUUGAACUGGCUAAUCAGUGGGCAUUUCCACCAGCAUGUCCCAAACAGGAUGCAGGACCCUUGCCCCCAACCCUCCCUCUCACUCCCUUCCCUCCUAGUGCUGAGGGAUAUUGGGACUCAUUCUCUCCUCCCCUCCCCACGUCCAUCCAUUAUCAGCCCCCUCCCCAUCUCUGCCUCAGUCUCUCCAACUACAAAAUGGGGCCUCUCUUAGCCCCUACCUCCCAACGCGCUGUCUGUGGGGGGUUGAGUACAGGGCCUGGCACAUAGUCCUUUCUCUCUCCUCCUCCCCUGACUCUAGGGCUUUUUCUCUGACUCUGCUCUCCCCCGCCCUCCUCGCCGCCUGACAUCAGCCCAGAUUCCUUCUAGGGGAAGCCUUUUCUCCUUGUCAGCGCUUGGACCGUCCCUUUCCCAGGCUAGAUCUUCUUUUCGCGCAGCAUUUUGCAGGGUGUUUCCUGCAUUAGGCUGAGAACUACGGCCAGCACCUGGGAAGGCCGGUGCCAUUCUUACCACCCCCACCUUACAAUUCAGGGCACGGAGGCGGGACAGGCCUGCUGGGGUCUCACAGCUCCCAACAGUCUGGAUUUGAAAUCAGGUUUUCCUAAGUCUAAACCCAGCGCUCUAGUGGACACUUAAUAAAGGGCCCUGAGCCACAUCUAAGCGUUUUCUAGAGUGGAAUCUCGGGAAUAAACUCCAGGUUAGGGGAACAAGUCGGGGACAGUUGGCCUUCCUCUUGGCUCAGCCCAUCCUCACCCUUCAAGGACCCUUUCCAUGGCAGUCCCAAGCCAAGCUUCUUUGGGGAAGGAGCAUCCUGUUAAGAAGGGCCCUUGCAAAAAAAAAAUAAAGUAAAGUAAAAAAAGAAGGGCCCUUGCAAAAAAUAAAAUAAAAUAAAAAAAGAAGGGCCCUUGCAAAAAAAAAAUAAAGUAAAAAAAGAAGGGCCCUUGCAAAAAAUAAAAUAAAAUAAAAAAAGAAGGGCCCUUGCAAAAAAAUAAAAUAAAAUAAAAAAAGAAGGGCCCUUGCAAAAAAAUAAAAUAAAAUAAAAAAAGAAGGGCCCUUGCAAAAAAAUAAAAUAAAAUAAAAAAAGAAGGGCCCUUGCAAAAAAAUAAAAUAAAAAAAGAAGGGCCCUUGCAAAGAAAAAAAUAAAAUAAAAAAAGAAGGGCCUUUGCAAAAAAAAAAAUAAAAUAAAAAAAGGGCCCUUGCAAAAAAAUAAAAUAAAAUAAAAUAAAAAAAGAAGGGCCCUUGCAAAGAAAAAUAAAAUAAAAAAAAGAAGGGCCCUUGCAAAAAAAUAAAAUCAAAUAAAAUAAAAAAAGAAGGGCCCUUGCAAAGAAAAAUAAAAUAAAAUAAAAAAAAGAAGGGCCCUUGCAAAGAAAAAUAAAAUAAAAAAAGAAGGGCCCUUGCAGCAGGGGAGCUGGAGGGUCACAUGACUUAUUAAUGGGUCAGGUACAGCACGGGCUGGGGGAAGGAAACAGCCUCAGGCACCGACCCCCCCACCCUUUAGGGACCCAAAAGUUCUCCGGAGGCUGAGCCAUACAGGGGGUCCACGAGUACUUAUUAGGCCCCUUCUGUGCGCCCGCCCAGCACGGUGCCAAAGGGGUGGCCCUGCGGAGGUUCCAGGCGGGCCCAGACGCGGGGCUCGGGCGGCGGGAGUUGGCCGGACCACUCCUGGGCUCCGCCGGGUCACUUCCAGGCAGAGCCGAAGGCGGGGAAGCGGCCAUCCCCGACGGGCGCGCCCCGGCCCGGGGGCGGAGGAGAAUGGGGGCGGGGCCCCAAGGCUCGGGAAGGCGGGGCAGGGGUGGAGCCAGGCAGGGCCGCGGGCCAAUGGCGGCGGGCGGCCCAGGGCGCAGGCGCUUCCUUCGGAAAGCGUCUCAUUGGCAUUGCCGGCACGGCUUCACGCCGGCGCAGUACGUGACGACUAUGUCUCGGAGACCUCCGCGGAACUUCCGCCAGCGCCAGGCGGACUCCGGCUCCAGCUCUGACCCCGACUCUGACCCCAGGCCCAGCUCCGAUUCGGGCCUCGGCCGCGCAGCCAAGCGCGCACUCGGGGCCGCGCGGAAUCGGGGCCGCGCCCGCGUGUGGGCGACUUCGCGCCGCGAAGGCCCCUCCCAUUCUGGACGUGGCCCCCUAGAUGUGUCCGGGGCGGGAGAAGGCCCCCCAACAUCUCCAGAAGCCGAUGGCGACUCCCCAGCCCCUGAUGCCCUCCGUGAGGACGCCAAGGCUGGACCCCGCGACCCGUCGGGGAGCGCCUCUGACCUCGACUCCUGCGGCGAAGGGGCUUCUGACGACCAGUCAGGGAGCCUGGUGGAGCCGGCCCGAGGAAGGCGCCGGAGGCGGGCCGAGGCAACGGAGGACUACCUGCCGCUGAGCGGGGGGCCGCGGGACCCCCUCUGGGGCGUCAGGGGCGCCGGCGACACUGACUCCGAGGAGGAGCCUGCCCCCGUGGCGGCAGAGAUCCAAGGCUCGGACAGCGGAAGCGAGGAGGCCCAGGACGCUUGGGAAGCGCAGCAGAUGAGGAAAGCCCUGCGAGCCCCAGACCCGGGAGCCGAGCCCGGCCUCCCCCACGACCGGCCCCCGGGCAAGAGAACGUGGGACCUGCCCGUGUCCCUGCCCCCCGUGAACUUGGCAAUCAUCAAGAGGCAGCUCAACAGUCGGCUGGCCUCCCUGGAGGGCGUGCACCGUUCCCACCAGAGGGAGUACGAGAGACGCCUGCAGGACGUGGUCAGCGCCAAGAGCGCCGUCGCGGACCUCGAGAAGGCGCCAGACCCCGCGCCCACCUGUGCCUUCUACAGGGCCAUGAAGGCCUACCUGGCGGCCCUGGUCGACUGCCUGCGGGAGAAGAUCGGGGACAUUCAGCAGCUCGAGGCGGCCAUGCAGUCGCUCCUCCGGGAGCGCGCCGCCGCCUUGUGGAAGCGGCGACAGGCGGAGUUACGCAGCGAAGCCGCGCGCUUACAGCAGCUGGCAGCCAGCAUGACGGACGACGCCCCGGCGCCCGAUGGCUUGGCAGAGGGUGUUGUUGGAACUCAGGAUGUCCUAGGAGAGCCCGCUGUCUGGAGUAUGCAGAAAACACAAGCCACUGAGAGCCCUGGCACAUCUCGGCAUCAGGAAGGUGCGUCCGGUAGUGAUGACGAGUACAGUGGGACUCCGUCAGAGGGAGCAGACUUCCGGGAGAGACGAGGGGCUAUUUUACAAAACUGCCACAGUAUUUUUGAAGAUGUCAAUGAGGAAUUUUCUGACGUCCAGAAGAUUUUGUUGAAAUUCCAGCAAUGGCGAGAGCAGUUUCCUGAUUCCUAUUAUGAAGCUUAUGCCAGUCUCUGCUUACCCAAACUUUUGAGUCCUUUCAUAAGGAUUCAAAUGAUGGAUUGGAACCCUCUUAAGCCGGACUGCGUCAGUCUGCAGCGGAUGCCCUGGUUCCAAUCCCUGGAGGAGUUUGCCAACAGCGGGGCGGUGGUGCAGAGAGACAGCCCUGACAAGGAGAUCCUGCCAGCUGCUCUGGACAAGACCGUCCUUCCUCACAUCACGGGGUUUGUCCAGUUCCUUUGGGACCCUUUGUCCACGCCGCAGACCAGAAGCCUCGUGGAGCGCUGCAGGGAGGUCCUCAGCCUGAGCCCAGCUCCGAGGGGCAGGAAGGGUCACGCCACGCAGGAGCUGAGGGACUCGGUCGUUUCGAGGCUGAAGAAGGCGGUGGAGGAUGACGUCUUUAUUCCCCUCUAUCCAAAGAGGGUCUUGGAGGACAGAGAGUCCCCGCACUCCAGGUUCCAGGAACGGCAGUUCCAGUUGGCCGUGAAGCUCCUGGGCAACGUGGUCCUGUGGGAGGGCCUGGUCCCGGAGGGCGCCCUGCGGGAGCUGGCACUGGACAAGCUGCUGAGUCGUUACCUGGUCAUCGGCCUCUCCAGCACAUGCCCAGGGCCGGGGCUGGCCGCCAAGUACCGUGGGGUGGUGGAGAGUCUCCCCCAGAGCUGGCUCGGCGGGGACCCCGCGGGGCCCCCCGUUCCCCAGCUGGCCAACCUGGUGCUGGCGCUGGUGCGGGCGGCCCAGCAGCUGCAUGACCACGAGCUCGGGUCCGAAGUGCGAGAGAUGGUGCUUCUCCUGGUGGAGAUGAGGGCGGCGGCGCAGGCCCGAGCCUUCGUGGAGAGGAACGGGCUGGAGCGGCUGAGGGCCUGCCUGAACGGGCCGCGGUGACCCCCACCCCUGUCCCUGUAGCCAGUCGGUGCUUAAUAAAUGUUUAUUGUACA